UGGGUCGGCAGUGACCCUGGAAUGAGCGGCCCCACAGCGGGCUCUCCAGCCGCAGGUAGACCGCCGAAUCUCUUCGCCUUCUGCCUCACCCUCAUCUCCACCCUCCUGAUUCUCCUGGGCAGCGUCUACUCACUGGUUUGCCUGUACAGGACGAGGAACAAGACUCCCCUGGUGAUGAUCGUGGCCUCGCUCUCCGCGGACGAUCUCCUCUACGUGGUGGCUUUGACUGUGUUCGCAGCCGUCCAGUGGACGAGCGAGUCGGUGGCCAACUCCGUUUGCCCCGCCGCGGCCGUCCUCUACUUCCUACACGGGGUCUCCAUCGCUCUCAAGUCUUCACUGAUUGUCAUCUAUAACUAUUUCACCACCAGGCUCACCGGUCUUUGCAAAGGGGGGCGGGCACAUGUCCCCAUCCCCUGGAUCCUGGCGACUAUCUGGACCUUCAGCCUGUUAACGUGCCUGUUGCCAGUAUUCGGAUGGGGCUCCUACAUCCCGACGCCCUGGGGAUGCCUUCCCGACCACAGGAGCUCCUAUGUGGCCUUUCUCUUCGGUUUAUACUCCAUGUGCUUCGUUGUCCUCAUUGGCUUUUCCGUCCCUCUCGUCUACAAACUGCUCUGUUCCGACUGGCAACAUCAGGGACCCUUUUCUCCCAAUUACCACGAGGUGGCUACGGCCAGCAAAGUCUCCUUCUCGGAGGACGCGGCGGACAGGACUUUAACGACCGGUGGGAACUGGGGCAAUGGUGUCCAUAGUCGCUCCGAGGCCUCCCAUUCACCGCCCUGCCUCAGCGAGAGCUUUGGGUCCACGAACCAAGCCGUAAUUGUUGCUCAGAAACGUUUUGCCUUGAUUUUAGCCAUGAGUAAGAUUGUACUGUGGCUGCCUCUGAUGAUACGACUGCUCGUCAAUCAUAUCACCGAACACGAGGACGAGUCCUUCGAGAUUCUUGGGUACUUCCUGACCUUACUGGCAGCCGCUAUAACUCCGCUGUUUGUGCUGUCGGAACGGUGGAUACAUCUGCCGUGUGGUUGCUUCAUCAACUGCAGCAAGAAUGUGUACUCGGUUGCUGCAAAGCCGGCUAAAGGUAAACGUAAGGACUUUGAAUUCAACCUGUCAUUGCAACAAAGCUAUGGGAUUUACAAGAUCUCACAAGAAUGUAACAGAACUGGUCAGGAAAGUAAAUCUCUGUCCCACCACAACCUUGUCGAACAUCCAUCCGGCUGCUGUAAGUUUCUUCCUGGUCGGAACCAGGAGAUGGUUUGCGAAGCACCAGCGGAGAUCAGCACCACGCUGGACAGUUCCCCACGGGCGAAUCCACACAAAGAUAACACAAGCCAGGACAAGAACACGGGACAAUCGCUUUCUGGCUCCCCGGACGGUGUAGAAGACAAACUAACGCAGGAGGAAGGGCAUAAACCAGAAGUUGUGGACUGGGAGUGGUAUCGUAGUAAAUCUGAAAGGACUCCAAGACAGAAACCCAGUGCGCUGUCGAUCCCCGUGUGCGCCUUCCAAGGGAUGGUGUCUCUGCACGCGCCCUCAACCGGCAAGACCCUCUCGCUGUCCACGUACGAGAUCAGCGGCGAUGGGCGGAAGAUCGCUCCGCUGGCCAAGAGGGUGGAGGUUUACCGCUCCAAGAGCGUGGGCCACGAGCCGAGCAGCGAGGACUCACCAGGCAGCUUGGCCGACACCAACGUCAAGAUCCACCUGGAGGUGCUGGAGAUCUGCGAUAAUGAGGAGGUGUUGGAUACGGUCUCCAUCGUCAGCAACAUCAGCCAGUCCUCUGCCCAGGCCCGCUCGCCUUCCCUGCGCUACUCCCGCCGCGAGAACCGCUUCGUCUCCGUGGACCUGACGGAGUCGGCCUCCUACUCCCUGCUCAUCCCCACCGACCGCUCCGGCAGCGACAUAAGCAUCUCCAUCCCCGACACGGUGGAAGCUCACCGGCGGAACAGCCACAAGCAACACCAGGACAGGUCCGGCUACCAGGAAGAGAUCCAGCUCCUCAACGAGGCUUACAGGAGGCAGGAGGAAGCAUCGAAAAACUGCUGACCCAUGCAGGGACCAGUAUUAGUUUAGUUUAGUUUUGGAGAUACAGUGUGGAAA